GCCCUCAUCAUAUUGUAUGUAUAGUUGAGGUUAUUUUUUCCAAUGUGCAUUACUUGACAUUUAUCCACAUUAAAUUUCAUUUGCCAUUUUGUUGCCCAAUCACUUAGUUUUGUGAGAUCUUUUUGAAGUUCUUCACGGUCUGCUUUGGUCUUAACUAUCUUGAGCAGUUUAGUAUCGGCUGCAAACUUUGCCACCUCGCUGUUUACCCCUUUCUCCAGCUCAUUUAUGAAUAGGUUGAAUAGGACUGACCCUUGGGGAACACCACUAGUUACCUCUCUGCAUUCUGAAAAUUUACCAUUUAUUCCUACCCUUUGUUCCCUGUCUUUUAACCAGUUCUCAGUCCAUGAAAGGACCUUCCCUCUUAUCCCAUGACAACUUAAUUUACAUAAGAGCCUUUGGUGAGGGGCCUUGUCAAAGGCUUUCUGGAAAUCUAAGAACACUAUGUCCACUGGAUCCCCCUUGUCCACAUGUUUGUUGACCCCCUCAAAGAACUCUAAUCAAUUAGUAAGACAUGAUCUCCCUUUGCAGAAACCAUGUUAUUUUUGUGCAACAAUUUAUGCUCUUCUAUGUGUCUGACAAUUUUAUUCUUUACUAUUGUUUCAACUAAUUUGCCCGAUACUGACGUUAGACUUACCGGUCUGUAAUUGCCAGGAUCACCUCUAGAGCCCUUCUUAAAUAUUGGCGUAACAUUAGCUAUCUUCCAGUCAUUGGGUACAGUAGCUGAUUUAAAGGACAGGUUACAAACCAUAGUUAACAGUUCCGCAAUCUCACAUUGGAGUUCUUUCGGAACUCGUGGGCGAAUGCCAUCGGGUCCCGGUGACUUGGUACUGUUCAGUUUCUCAAUUAAUUCCAAAACCUCCUCUAGUGACACUUCAGUCUGUGACAAUUCCUCAGAUUUGUCACCUACAAAAGACGGCUCAGGUUUGGGAAACUCCCUCACAUCCUCAGCCGUGAAGACUGAAGCAAAGAAUUCAUUUAGUUUCUCGGCGUUGCCUUUAUCGUCUUUAAGUGCUCUUUUUGUAUUGCGAUCGUCCAGGGGCCCCACUGGUUGUUUAGCAGGCUUCCUGCUUCUGAUGUACUUAAAAAACAUUUUUUUAAGCCUUAUGGCUUGUUCCUAGGGAGUUCCCUGAAGGAGCCCCCUGGUGCAAGCCCCUAGUUCCCUCUGGCGCAGAGAGAGUCCCCAACCCCUGCUGUACCCCCGGGUUGAUGCUAGUGGGCCCCACAUGAGCCGACACCAGAGUGAGUCAGCCACAGUAGCUCUGCCUGCCUGGACCAGCCUUCUGCGGCUGGACAUCAGGAGCCGGUUAUUGGUUACCAAGGUGACGGAAUAGCAGUGUACUGAUUUCUCCUUGCCCUGGCACCCCUGGGAAGCUGCUGGAAGUUGAGGCGCAAGAUACAGGUAGGGGGACCCAGAGGUGCCUGCAGUCAUAUGCACGUUACCGCCAAUGCGUUUGCAUCCCAUUGGCGGGGGUGCCAUGGAGGGGGCAGGGCUGCUCAGAGUGGGGGGCGAAAGGAGCAGUUUGCCCCGGGCUGCCUAUUUGAGAAGGACCCCAAACCAAUGUGAUCCAGCAUGCGGGGUCACAUUGUGCUCCCCUGCCAGGCCAAACCUGAGGGCGCUGUGACCCCACGCACCAGGUUACGACGCCCAGCACGGGGAGCUGGGCCCAGCCCCACAGCGGAGGAGCCGAGCCACAGCUGCGGGGUGAGUGCAGUUGUCCAUAUCAGGCAGCAGGAGGUCCCAGCAGCGGAAUCAGAGGGGCCAGAACUACAGCACAAUGGGACCCCCAGAAUCGCAGCCACGCCGGGAUCAGACGUACCUGGAUGAGAAGAUCGCCAUCCCGGAUGUGGGAGGGCCCGGCUUCAGCUUCCGGAAGCUGUGGGCUUUCACCGGCCCUGGGUUCCUCAUGAGCAUUGCCUUUCUGGACCCGGGGAACAUCGAGUCAGACCUGCAGUGUGGGGCCGUCGCUGGGUUCAAGCUGCUGUGGGUGCUGCUCUGGGCCACCAUCCUGGGGCUGCUGUGCCAGCGGCUGGCUAUCAGGCUGGGUGUCGUCACGGGAAUGGACCUGGGCGAGGUCUGCUAUCAGUACUACCCAAAGGUACCGCGCGUGCUGCUCUGGAUCAUGAUCGAGAUCGCCAUCAUUGGUUCCGACAUGCAGGAGGUGAUCGGGACGGCCAUUGCUUUCAGCCUCCUCUCGGCCGGACGCAUCCCCCUGUGGGGCGGAGUCCUCAUCACCAUCAUCGACACCCUCGUCUUCCUCUUCCUGGAUAAAUACGGUCUCCGGAAGCUGGAAGCCUUUUUCGGUCUCCUGAUCACUAUCAUGGCAGUGACCUUUGGCUAUGAGUACGUGGUGGUACGGCCUGUCCAGACGGAGGUGCUGAAGGGCAUAUUCUUCCCCUACUGCCGCGGCUGCGGACGGGAGGAGCUGCUGCAGGCCGUGGGCAUCGUGGGCGCGAUCAUCAUGCCACACAACAUCUAUCUCCACUCCUCCCUGGUCAAGACCCGCGAAGUGACGCGCUCCGAGCGGCAGGCGGUGAGUGAGGCCAACAAGUACUUCCUGAUCGAGUCCUGCAUCGCCCUCUUCAUCUCCUUCCUCAUCAACCUCUUCGUCAUGGCCGUCUUCGGCCAGGCCUUCUACCACCGCACCAACCAGGACGUGUACAACGUUUGUGCCAACAGCAGCGUCAGCCAGUACGCCCCUAUCUUCCCCAGGAACAACGAGACGGUCUCCGUGGACAUCUACCAAGGGGGCGUCAUUCUGGGAUGUUAUUUCGGCGCUGUUGCUCUCUAUAUCUGGGCCAUCGGGAUUCUGGCAGCAGGGCAGAGUUCCACCAUGACCGGGACCUACGCCGGGCAGUUUGUCAUGGAGGGGUUCCUGCAGCUGCGCUGGUCCCGCUUCGCCCGCGUGCUCUUCACCCGCUCCUUCGCCAUCCUCCCCACCGUCUUCGUCGCUGCCUUCAAGGACGUCAGCCACCUGACGGGGAUGAACGACCUGCUCAAUGUGCUGCAGAGCAUCCUGCUGCCCUUCGCCGUUCUCCCGGUUCUCACCUUCACCAGCAUGCGGCCGCUCAUGCAGGAGUUCACCAACGGCGUCGUCGGGAAGGCGCUGAUGAUCCUCAUCACCGGGCUGAUCUGCGCCAUUAACCUCUACUUCGUGGUGAUCUACAUCCCUACGCUGGGCAGCAUGGCCUACUACAUCCCCCUGGCCUUCGUGCUGGCCGGCUACGUGGCCUUCACCGCCUACCUGAUCUGGACUUGCUGCAUUGCACACGGAGCUGACUUCCUGGCCUGGGGACACCACAGCCAGUUCUCCUACGGGCUCCCCUCCACCGACCCGCCGGGCUGGGCAGGGCCCCGGUGACGCGCCGUGCCCCUACCCGCCGGGCAUUCGCGCCACAGGCCUGGGCUGCCUCUGGAUUUGUCGCCGUCCCAGGCGGGAACGAACCCAUCGCCACACAGUCACCGUCACCGGCAGGGCCGGGGUUCAGGGCUGGGCUCCCUGCUACCCCCCCGGACUGACAGACAUGCAGCAUCCCAGGGCAUCUCCCCUUCUCAGCAAGCUCAGGGCGUGGGGGGCAGCACUGACCAAUCAGCACCUUCGCGGGCACCUGUGAUCACCCCCCACCGCCACAGCCCCGCUGGUGCUCCCCAAUCCUGAUCCGCACCCCCUGCUAUCCUAGCUCUGGUCCCCUCCUCCCGUCCAGUGCUGCCGGUGCCCCUCAAUCCCGACCUGCCCGUGAAAUAAUGACCCUAAGUUCACACUGAUCAUGGAGGUAACUCAGCCCCCCGGGGAUCCCACUGUGAGUAGCCCUUGCUGGCUGGGGUCCGGGGAAUGGGCUGGGAGGGGCCGGAGCUGUGACUGGAGUAAAAGCUGCAGUAUCCCGGAAGGAGACUCACGGAGAAGGAGUUCAAGUCCCGGGAAAGUGCCGCUCUGUGAAUAAACUUGAUUUCAAGGGUUUCCUACA